AUGCAACUUCUAUUAGACACGAUCCACGACGUUGAGAAGCUAAGGUAUGCGAACGUCUCGGAAACAACGGAAGAAUACACAUUCAAGGAUAGACAUGGCAAGGAGCACAAGUUGAAGCAUUUGAGGACUGCUGAAACUUUUGAACAUGAGCAAGAGCCAGGUUCAAAGCUUCUAGAAGGUUCAGAAAUUAAUAUAAUAGAUCCAGAAACCGGCGGCACUUUCGAGCAGCAGGAAAAGCGGGCGGAAGAGAUUAAGAAGGAUUCUGAACCUGAGCGAGACGAAAUACUCAAAUUCGUUGGAGAAGCCAAAGGCACCAUCAAAAAAAUCGUGUGCUUCGGCCUGGGCUCAAUAAUCGGCGACGAAGAAGUUAAUGAAGAUGCGGUACCUCUGCAUUAUACCGUAUUGAAAAUUGCAGAUAAGUUGGACAUUCCAGUCUUUUUUCAGGACCCUUCCUAUCAAGAGGAAGACGAGAUAUUUCUGCGAGCGACAAUCUUCGACCCGCCGAGGAUCCAAUUCCUCCAGUAUCCGGAAGGCCUGUAUGAGAUCGAUCAGAACACACUCGUUUUUUGCGCCAGAAAUCCUGGUUUCCCAAUACGACAAUUGGUCGCAGAUCUCACCCAUGAAUACGGCGGACCAGCUGCAAUCUUUUGCCCGCGAGUCGAAAAUGCCGUGAUGAAGGAGUGGACUGUGGAGGCUGAGAUGAAAGAAUUCCGCACGGUGACAAGCGAAUGGGAUACGGGGAAUGAGGUGGUUAAAAUCCGCACAAAACCACAUGAGUCCCACUAUGAUCCCUGCAACAAGCAUGUUGUGAACAUGCUGAAGGGCUUCAGUGAGGACUUGAACAUCGACGAGUGGUAUGCCCGGACAAGGGAGGUGCGUGAAGGGUCCUGUUUCCCAUCGCGAGCGUAUAACUCCGGGUGCUCCUUGUAUGUCAAGAAGGGCACCGCAGACUCGUAA